CGGUGCAACAAAAUCCAUCCCACAGGCAUUCAGACUGCCACGUCAAGUUGUUGCCGUUGAACCAAGCGCCUUCGCACACGGAGCAGAAUUGUUCCAUGUCCAAAUCAACUGUGUAUUGGAGUCCUGGAGAGGCGAGCCUUUCAAGAGCUAGCCUCAACAAGCUGCUGCAGCCUGGGGACAAGCUGGAUGUGACUGAAGCGAUGAUGAAGGCUGCUACCAUUGGUCGCGCUGCUGAGAUGGGAGAAGGUUGGGAGCCACCAGGCAUGAUCUCGCGAAAGAUCGCGGACCUUUUGAGUAGCAGGAGUCCAGGCUCUCAAGGCCCAGCUGCUUCCCUUGGAGCAUUCGCAGCGUUGCUGAGCGGACCUGGGACUGUUGGAGCACAGCGUGAGGUGACGAAGGCAAGAGUUGUGAAGUCGGCAUCUUUGCCAACGCUUCAGAGAUCUGCACCUGUCAAGACCAACUGGGCGACUAUGGUGCCACGUCGCCCCCUUGAUGGUAAGUGAGCCAGACCGAAGACUAGCAGCCCUAGCAAUGCCUUGCCAGCAGGUUGGUGGCCUCACACUGUGGCCCGACUGCUUUGGUCUAGAGAUCUGUAAACUGCACCAGUUGCAGGUUUCACAUUUGCAAAUCACAUGUUUGAGCUCGAAAUGGUCUUCCAAAGCAGGCUUACAAUACGCCGGUAACUUUUACCUCCUCCUGGCACGUUGGAAGUGGAAGCCGUUUGCUC